AUGGCGCCAACCUGGAACAAAGCGCUGGUGCGCAUCGCUUCUGCCAAAGAUCCAUCGGCUCUACCAUCAGACGAAAAUGUCCUGUUUCACGAUGACCGCACGAUCACGAUCUACGACAAGUUUGCCAAGUCUCAAUACCACUUCCUCGUACUGCCUCGCAUCCCAUUCAAGGCCUCUGCUUCCGGAUCGAAAACCAAAAAGCAAACCGGCACUCCAACGCUGAGCGUUGCAAAUGGUAAGCUCAACUUCGGGCCCACUUCUUCUAACAAUGUUCCGCCAUCACAUAUGCAUAGCAUCUCAACGCUAUUAGCGAGUCCAUAUGCAGCAGAAGUGCUCGAUGCUGUCCGAAAAACAAGUGAUCGGGUGAUGGAGCACAUCAGGGAGGACAUGUUGAAGCAUCACGGUGUCACAUGGAACGUAGAGCGGGCCUUUCAUACGGUACCGAGCAUGGAACAUCUGCAUCUUCAUGUCGUGUCGAUGGACCUCGUCUCGGAUCGGCUCAAGCACAAAAAGCACUACUUGUCGUUUCACCCCACUGUCGAUUUUGCGUUGCGACUCGAUACGGCGGACAAGCUGGUCAAGGAGGGCAAGAAAGCUCUUCCGAAGAGCGAGCACGCCUACGAGCAGCUGCUCAAAGGUCCGUUGACGAGCCAUCAUACCGGCGAGGGGUUCAAGUAUAUGCCAGAUCUCAAAGCUCAUCUUGACUCCUACUGGCGCACACAUAUCCUGUCAUCGCAUUCUAGAGCGACAGAUAGCAAGAAGCCAAACACCAAACCAAUUAGGGAUGCUUCCGAUGGCAGCCCUCUAGAUCAACGGCCAUCGCACACUCGCAAUACUGACAUUGCGAGCCUUCCAAGUCGACUAGAUGAUACCAAACAAACCUCAUCUGGAUCUGAAGAUGAAGAGCCACCGUUGCCGUUGAAGUAA